AUGGCUGAUACAGCUUUCGUGAACAGGUUUUGGGGUCAACAGGAAGCUGGCUUUAAUGUCAUCCGGACUCGUCUUGCCCACUCGUUGACCACCCUUCAAGAGCUACUUACUUUCUACAAAGAGAGGGUAGCGAUUGAGAAAGAGUACAAUAAGCGCAUGGAAAAGCUCGUGAACGCUCAUACCUUAGGAUCCGGGGAAACGGGAUCAAUAAAAAUUGCAUUAGAGAAGCUUCAAAUUGAGAGCAAUAACAUGGUAAAGCAGAACCAAAAAUUCAUCAAGAGCGUGGCCUUCCACAACUACGAGAAGCUCAACGCAUUUUACAUCAGCUAUAAGAGCAACGUUCACAAGGUGGAGAGCCAUAUGGAAAAAGUGUUAGCUCGGAAAAGCGACUGUUUCCUUCAUCUAGAGGCAGCCAAAGAGAAGUAUAGAAACGAGUGUCACCAAAUUAAGAUCUUGCAAUUGCAAUGUCAAACAACGUGGGGAAAGGAGCUUGAAAAGAACAAAGCAAAGCUACUCAAGGCUGAGAAAUCAAUUGGUGGUUUGAAGGAGCAAUACAUGAAAUGCGUUCAUAAAUGCGCCGAGAUCCAUGACGUGUGGGUGCGUGAUUGGCGAGCCGCUUUGCUGAAUAUUUAUCAGUUGGAAAUCGAGAGAAUUCAGCUAUGCAAACUCAAUUGUUUCAAUUUUUGCAAUCACGUCGCAUCUCUUUGCGUUGACUGGGAUCAACUGGUUGAUCUUGCCAGAACCUCAUUCGCCAGCAUAGCAGCUCCCAAAGAUAUUCAUGAUUUUGCAGAAGUUUAUGGGACCGGAAACAGGAUCGCUAAAGCUCCACAGUUUAUCGACUUUGCUCAAGGCUUCGGGGACGAGGGUGCUUCCGCUGAAUAUGAGACAGCUAAUUUUAAGGACCCCGAUUUCUCCCAAAUUCUUACACGAACAUUUUCCACACAGUCAACCCCUUCAAGCAACAAAGGCAGUCCAACCAAAACCAGUCCUCAGAGAUCUACGAAAGACAAUUCUCCCUCUCAGAAUGGUACUGGUGGAGCAGCUGGUCUUCUAGUUCCGACAAACAAAAGCUUACCACCAAUCCGAGAACCCACUGGCGAUGGAAGUGUCCAGCUUCGAAAGCAGCCGUCACAAUCUAGUACAUAUACAUCUGGUCAUGAGGAUAAAAGCGAUGAUGUUUUCGACACCAAUAAGAAAAUGCGAGGCUCGAAUGGACUGGAGUACUCAAACCCUACAAACUAUACAUCACAGACAGUGAGAAGCUGGUCUUCCCCAAAAAAGAAGGAGAGACUGGAAUUGCAAGAGAGAAUCAAUAGAAGACUGCAAGACUGGACCAACAAAUUCCAGCCUCCAGAACCAGAGCCAGAAAAGCCUAAUAUCCCCAUAACAAAAGAUUUUUCAAUGGAUUUCAUCGCCAAAGCUCUUGAAGAUCUAAAUUCCGGCGGUAAUGGUGAUGUUAAUCAAUUUAGACGUUCUGUGAGAAGUCAACGCAACUCACAAUAUGGUGACUAUAAGAAGAGUCGACCACAAUCCGAUUAUGUCGACGAUUCACGAGAGCAAGCUAAACGCUUGGAUUCUAUUUCUUUCAGGACUCCUCGUAAGCCAGGACCAAUGGUGGAUGGGGUUUUAGAAGAAGAUGAUCUGAUGAGAACAGUUGUUGAGAGAACACCCAGGCAGAACCAAGCCAGUCCAUCGAAGCGAUUCUCUCUGCAAUCACCGACAAAAUCGUACAUGGACUUGCACUCGAUGAUCGACAAGGUAACUCCAGUAUCGAGACAUGAAUAUGUUACAAAAGCAAAAGCGCUCUACACCUAUCGUGCUAGGGAAGAGGGAGAACUCGGGUUUAAGAAGGGCUGGAACAUGUACAUCAUUCACAAGCAAGAAGAUAAUUGGUACGUCUGUGAGCUAGCCGGAAAUUGCGGAAAUGAAACAGGAAGAGUUGGCUUAGUACCAUACAACUACUUAAAGGAGGGGCAUGAUUUGUUUUAG